AUGGACGCGGCCUGCCCCGUGUGUGAGCGCCACUUCUACGCCCACAACAUCCAGGCCCAUGUCGAGGAGUGCUUGACGCGGUCCAUGGCGCCGUCGCCCCGGACGCCCAAGCUGCAGCGCCCGCCGCCGCGACCCCCGACGCCGCCGAAGCGGCCCACCGAGGCUGACCCCGAGCCGGCCGCGAAGCGCACCAAGCUCGUCGCGCUCGCGAACGCUCCGAUGGCGGAGAAGCUGCGCCCGACCGGCCUUGACGAGAUUCUCGGGCAAGACGAGCUGCUCGGUCCAGACAAGCCGCUGCGGCGCAUGCUCGAGAGCGGCAAGGUGCCCAAUAUGAUCCUGUGGGGCCCGCCCGGGUGCGGGAAGACGUCGCUCGCGAUGCUGGUGGCGCGGCUCGUCCAGCCAGCGACCAAGUUUGUCGCGCUCUCGGCGACAACAGCCAAAGUAGCGACCGUCCGUGACGUCUUUGACAAGGCGAUGGCCGAGCACAAGCUGCUGGGCCGGCCGACGGUCCUCUUUGUGGACGAGAUCCAUCGGUUCACCAAGGUGCAGCAAGACUCGUUUUUGCCAUGCGUCGAGAACGGUACGAUCACGCUCAUUGGCGCGACGACGGAGAACCCGUCGUUCGAGAUCAACUCGGCGCUCCUCUCGCGCUGCCGCGUCUUUACGCUCAACAAGAUCUCGACGCCCGCGAUCCUAGCACUGCUGCAGCGCGGCGUCCGCAGCAACCUCCUCGUCCCCAACGGCUGCGACCCCGAGGCCCCUCCCACCAUCGACGUCGACGACGCUGCGCUCGCGUACCUCGCCCAUCAGUGCAAUGGCGACGCCCGCAUUGCGCUCAACUCGCUCGAGAUGGCCGUGCACGGCCAGCGGCCCUCCAGCGACUCGAACACGAUCAAGCUCACAGAAGAGGACGUGAAAGCUGGCUUUCGCCGGUCCCACGCCCUCUACGAUCGGAAAGGCGACGCGCACUACGACUGCAUUAGCGCGAUGCACAAGUCGGUGCGGGGCAGCGAUGCCGACGCGGCGCUCUACUGGCUCGCGCGCAUGAUGCAAGGCGGCGAGAAUCCGCUCUAUGUCGCUCGGCGGCUCAUCGUGAUUGCUUCGGAAGAUGUUGGCCUCGCCGAUGCGCAUGCGCUGCCCUUGGCCAAUGCGACGUUCCAGGCGUGCCAUACGAUCGGCAUGCCCGAGUGUGAAAUCAACCUGGCGCACUGCGUCGUAUACUUGGCCCGCGCACCAAAGUCGGUCGAGUCGUACAAGGCGUACCGCAAAGUGCAAGAGCUUUUGCUACAGUCUGUGGGACCGACGCCGGAGGUGCCACUGCAUCUCCGCAACGCCCCGACGCCCCUCAUGGCCGACCUCGGCUACGGCAAAGGUCUCUUGACGACGUCGUUGUUGUAUUAG